AACAACUCCAGAGGGAAGUCAUGUGUUGUCUUUAGAGAAUCUUUGCAUUAAGCAAGAUGUCCAACAUAUACACUCUGAGAGAAAUGUUCGGUGGCCAGUGGUCAUCUAGCACUCGACUCGAUGGCAGAACAGUCAUUAUAACUGGAGCAAAUACUGGCAUUGGAAAAGAAACCGCAAGAGACCUGGCAAAACGCGGGGCCAGGAUAAUAAUGGCUUGCAGAGACCUUGAGAAAGCAGAAAGAGCACAUAAAGAGAUCAUGGAGGACUCAGGGAACCAAAACAUAGUGAUCAGGAAUCUAGACUUAUCUGACACCAAAUCAAUCAGAGAAUUUGCUGAGGUAAUCAACAAUGAGGAGAGAGCACUUCACAUACUCAUUAACAAUGCUGGGAUCAUGAUGUGUCCCUACUCUAAGACAGCAGAUGGUUUUGAGAUGCAGUUUGGUGUCAACCACUUAGGUCACUUCCUGUUAACCUUCCUGCUGAUUGAUCUGCUGAAGAGAUCUGCCCCCUCAAGAAUCAUCAACCUUUCCUCCAUGGCUCAUAGUUGGGGCACAAUAGCACUUGAUGAUAUCAAUAGUGAGAGGAAUUACCACAGUAGGAGGGCAUAUGGUCAGAGUAAAUUGGCCAGUAUCCUUUUCACUCGCUCCUUGGCCAAAAAACUCAAGGACACAGGUGUUACGGCAUAUGCAGUCCAUCCAGGAAUUGUGCAGACAGAACUUAAAAGACAUAUGAAUCUCGGACUUCUAAUCAUGUGGAAGGUUGUCAGACCUUUCACAAAGACCCCAGUGCAGGGAGCACAAACUACCAUCUACUGUGCAGUACAACCAGAAUUAGACAAAGAGAGUGGUGCUUACUACAGCAACUGCAGACCGUCAAGAUGCACCAGAGCUGCUAGAGAUGAUGAAAUGGCUGAGAAACUUUGGGAGCUCAGCUGCAAAAUGCUGGAAAUAGUAUGGAACUGAACGCAAUGUUUUCCAUGGACAAUUCAGUAUACCCAUCAUGAAAUACCCAACUUGUAUUACUUAUUGUUAUUUGCAAUUAAUUCCAACAUGAACACCCAAGAAAAAAGUCAUGACACAAACCUCAUCAACAAAUAUUUCUUUCUUUUUUUUUUUUCAAAGUUAGAUGUCAAACAAUAUUUCUAUUUAGAAUAAUUAUUUUCUUUUUUUUUUUUCUUUUUUUCAUUCACUAAAUCUCCAUUUGCAUUACCAAAUCCAUCGGCCACAGUGGUCUAGGCUCUGAUAUAGGCAAUUACAUUAUACGGUGAGCAUGUAACAAUUCCCAUACACUGGAAAUAAAGUCAAUUUCAGCUGGUUGACCUUCCACAGGCAAUAUUUCCUUAAACCCCACACUGCUUAACAACAGUGUUUUGGGAACUAAGCUAAUUUGUCCAGAUCCAGGAGCUGUCUGUCUUUUUGCUUUGUUGAUUUCUCUGAUUUUUUUUUUUAUCUGUGAGUUUUAAUUAUGUAAAUCAGUGGAGGAAAAUGUCUGCAUGUGUAUUAAACAACAACUUUUGUGCUGAAGGAAGUAAGUAUAUAACACCUAUAUAAAUCAAUU